AUCUUACAAAUGGAACCAGCUGCUAUGCGCAUUCCUCAUAUGAAGCCGGCUUUAUACAGAGCAGCAGCGGCAGGUACACUUGAAGAUUACCGUAAGGCCCUGAGGGUGGAAGGAGCUGAGGACUGUCAAGUUGCGCCAAAUGGAAAUACUGUGCUGCAUGUUGCGGUGCUCCACGGCAACAAACAUUUUGUAGAGCAAAUCCUAGAACAACAAAAGGCUAUUGUUGUCGCCUCGUCGUCUAUGUUAUUUGCUCGGAACAACAAAAAUGAAACUGUGUUGCAUUGUGCAGCGGAGAAAGGCGACGCCGACAUAGUCUCUGCCCUCAUUAAAGCCAUCAAGGAGUACAAUGAGGAUCUUGAAUCCGGUGUUGGAGUGAUAGAGAUGAUACAUAUGACGGAUGAUGUCAAGGACAUGGCUUUGCACAAGGCAGUGAGAAUGGGGCAUUUGGAGGUGGUGAAGUUACUAAUUGAAGAGGAUAAUGGAUUUUUGUAUCCUACCAAUGAAUUUGGUGAGACGCCCAUUUACUUGGCUGCUGAGUCACAUUUUCUUAAUUGUUUGGAGGAGAUACUCGAGACAUGUCAAAAUCUUUCUUAUGUUGGACCACUCGGUCGAAAUGCUCUUCAUGCCGCAAUAUUAUCAUCAGGUAGCGCAUCGUCAUUCUGGGAAAUGCUGAUGCAAAUUUUCAGACGUCAUGUGGGUAAAGCAGGAUGCAUACAACUAUUACUGGAUAAGGAGACUUAUUUGUGUGAGAUGAGUGACAGUUUGGGUUGGACGCCACUACACUAUGCUGUAAAACACGGUGAUGAUCAAACUGUCCAAAAGAUCCUUGAGAAGAAAAGUUCUGCAGCAUACAUUCGUGCAGGCAAAGAAGAUGAUUGGACGACAAUAUUUCACAUAGCAGCAAGACAUGGAAACAUUAAAACGAUGAAAUGCAUAUCAAAUAGCUUACCAGAUUGUUGGGUGAUGAUCAACUGCAAAUCCCAAAAUGUCCUUCACGAAGCAAUACUGAGUGGUAGAGAAAAUAUGAUAAAAUAUAUAUUGAAGUAUCCCCAAAUCGACAACCUUGUUGAUCAAAAAGACAAAGAUGGUAACACACCGCAGCACCUGUUUGGCAUUUCUAGCUUGAGCAUUUAUAAUCAUUAUUCUAUAGUCUCCCGACUUAAGCGGAAGCAUUUGGUCUUCAAUAAACACCAUCAAACUCUACUUGACGUGGCCUCCCAACGCGAAGUCUAUUCAGUUUUUAAGCAUAUCUCUGGCGGAUUACCUCAGCGGAGUGGUUGGAGAAUUGGACCUCGUGCUGACCUCAUACAAAAUCAGGAAACAAGGGAAGAAGAUACUGAUAAUGUAGACAAAGAGAUUAAUGAUAUGCUACGAGUGAGUAAAACAAUGACUUUGGUGGCUACAUUGAUAUUAACCAUAAGCUUUGCAGCUGGUUUUACAGUUCCAGGUGGAUACGACUCCAAAAAUGGGUACCCAAUACUGAUAGGAAAUAAGGGUUUUUCCUAUUUUGUUAUAUCUGAUACUGUGGCUUUCAUAUGUUCUAUUUUGGCGAUAUUAAUUUACAUGUUCAUGGUGGCAAUAGCCCUGUUGGGUUCUAUUAGGAGGAAACCAAUUUUAAUCAGGCUUUUCAUACUCAACACUUUCAUGACUUUCGUUGCCACAAUAGCAGUCGUAUAUGCAUUCCUUGGUGGAAUGUACACCAUUUUAGCAACUUACAAUAUGUUUCUCGCCGGUUCGGUUCCACUCAUCGUCUUCAGUAUGGUCCUUCUUCUUGCUUUUCUCUAUUAUUCCAUGAAAAAUACUUUCUUCCUCAUUUCAACUUCAUCUCUAAUCUUUUUCCUCUUUCUCGAGCUUUCGAGUGGUUUCCUUCACUAUUUUUACAACUCUAAAACCACUAAAUAA